AUGACCCUAGAUCCUUUUAUCCUUAGCUGUCCCAAUCAGGAGCUAUUCGGUGAGUAUGAAAAGGAAGCAUUCAUCAAAGCGGUCGCCGAGAUGCUGACCAACGAAGAGAACGAUCAAAACAGUUGCUACCGGAUUGACGAGAGCGAAUUCGACUUUGGACUUUUUGCGACGAAUCCUAUCAAACCUAAUGAAGAUCUGGACGUGCGCCGUACGCUUACGACGGAAAAGUUUUUGAAGACAUUGGCCAAAAAAGUGGGUAAAUGUCAGCUGCAGAACCUUCUGGAUGGGAAAUGUUACACCAAUGUAACGCUCUCUUGCUGUAACGGUGCUGAACAGAUUACAUGUGAUCCAGACCAUCCCUAUCGUAGCUACGAUGGAAGUUGUAAUAAUCUUCAAUACCCUAGCUGGGGCAAGCGUGGUAAUGCACUGAAACAUCCAUUCGCCCCGUGCUAUAGCGAUGUCGUUUCAAAGCCCGCCCGCAGCAAAUCAGGAGCCCCGUUGCCUCAAAAUCGUAAGCUGAUCUCCGAGUUGGCCAACUUUCUCGACAAGUAUGGUGGCACUUCAUCUACCUCGCUGAACAUGUUCAUGGUGUUCUUCAUGGAAGUGAUCAAUUCGGAUAUGAUUGGUCGGGCGACCAAGCGCACGAAAUGUCCGACGAAAGGCUUCCGGGGUUGUCGCGCGGAUGGACUAGAUCGAAGUGCAUGCCAGUCCACGUUAUCGAAUCCCCUAAGGGUGCCGUCAGAUGACCUGUACUAUGGCGAGUCCGGAAUAAGCUGUUUGAACUUUAGUCCGCAAGAGAAAGCAAACGAUCGGUGUGAAUUGAAGCACGUGGGAGAGCGUAACAUGCAGAGCAGCUAUCUCGAUCUGUCUAGUAUGUACGGAGAUGUUCCACACUAUGAUGCAAAUGGAAAGCUGCCAUUGUACCACUGUGGAGUAACAGAAGUGGUAACUCAAAUGACACCAAUAGCCGUGCAGUUUUCUACCAUCAUUGGUUUGUUUGGUAAGCUGCACAACUAUUGCGUGGAUCGAAUUCGAUCUUGCCCGAAGUCUAAGGGUUCGGUACAAGAACGCUGUCGAGCGCUCACGAUCGGUGUUUAUCAAAAAAUCACUUACGGACAGCUGUUUCCGCUACUGUUUGGUGAUGAGUUGUACAAUCUGUGCGGUUUUGAUUGCGAGUAUAAUUCGCACAACGAGUCGGUGGUUUCAAUGGUGUACAAAAAUGGGCCCGGUAGGUUCCCACACGUUUGGAUUACUGACGAGAUAAUGUACAAACAUCAAGGCAGGAGUCAGUGGCGACCACUCAACGAAUAUUUCCGCAACCACGAAUCAUUCGAUUGCUCGGCAACUCUAGCAGGAGUGCUGGAGACACCUUUUGAGACUUCGCGUCUGGUUGAUGCGAUUGUGAACAAGUUCUAUACCUGCGAUGGACAUCGAGGCAGCUGUCUGCCAUGCAUCGAUCUGGCACGUAACCGUGACGCUGGGCUUUGUCCGCUAGUAACUUUCAAGCAUUUUAUCGAACAGUCGUUUGGAGAGGAAAGCCAAUGCUACAAUACGUUCGAUGAUAUGAGCGACAUGUUUAGUCCGGAGCUUAUUCAGUUCUUUGCACAACACUAUGAGCAUCCAGGAGACAUCGAUGUAAUGUUCGCCAACAUGGAUCAGCGAGCAUAUCCUGGUGCUAAUAUGCCGAAGCUCGUGUCACAAACUUUUUGUCUUGAAUUCAAGCGUCUCAAGUGCACGGAUCGGUUUUUCUACUCCUGGAAUCCAAACUUAGGAGAAGGUGCUCGACAUCUGAUCGAGAUUCUUGAUUUUACCGCUUUGUUAGCAUUGUUUACGGACAUAGACGAGGUGCCACUGGAACCUUUCUUGGUGGACAGCCCGAAAGCUGCUGCAAUGGAUGUGAGAAAGUAUCUGGAAAGCGUUGAGUAUCUGUACUGUCAGAUUUAA